AUGGAGGGUGAUACAUACUCAAGCCAUGUCAAUGGAACCCAAAAUGAAGGCAAGAUCUUACAAACAUUUCAAAAGAGCUUUGUUCAAGUCCAGAACAUUCUGGAUCAGAAUCGAGUGCUCAUCAACGAGAUAAACCAGAAUCAUGAGUCUAGAAUCCCAGACAACCUCAGCAGGAAUGUUGGUCUUAUAAAGGAACUCAACAACAAUAUAAGAAGAGUUGUUGAUCUUUAUGCUGACCUUUCAUCUUCCUUCACCAAAUCCAUUGAUGUUUCUUCAGAAGGAGAUUCAAGUGGUGCUGCAAAAUCAGAAGGAAACCUAAGUCAUAAAAGACACAGACCUCUUUAG